AUGGAAGCGCUUAUUCCUGUUAUCAAUAAGCUACAAGAUGUUUUUAAUACCGUUGGAGCCGAUGCCAUCCAAUUGCCUCAAAUAAUCGUAUUGGGAACUCAGAGCUCUGGCAAAAGUUCCGUGAUAGAAAGUUUGGUGGGUCGUUCUUUUCUACCACGGGGUCCCGGUAUUGUGACUCGCCGACCCCUAAUCCUGCAACUGGUGUACAGCCCCAAAGACAGUAAGGAGCAUCGGUCAGCUGAAGAAGUAUAUAAGAGGCAGGACGAUGGGAAUGAUUCCUGGAAUCCAUUAGUUCAGCUAACACAAAAUAUAUUCUCAAAAGGUACAGUAAAUCUUGAAGAAUGGGGUAAAUUCUUGCAUACAAAAGACAAGAUAUAUUCAGAUUUUGAAGAAAUAAGAAAGGAAAUUGAAAGAGAAACCGACCGUAUGGCCGGCAGCAACAAAGGGAUAUGUCCCGAGGCUAUCAACCUGAAGAUAUACUCAACCAGAGUUGUUAAUCUGACACUCGUAGACUUACCUGGUAUUACUAAAGUGCCUAUCGGUGAUCAACCGGAAGAUAUUGAAAAUCAAAUUAGAAACUUAAUAGUUAAAUACAUAGCGAAUCCAAACUCUAUAAUCUUAGCUGUGACGGCUGCUAACACUGAUAUGGCAACCAGUGAAGCUAUCAAACUAGCAAAGGAUGUUGACCCCGAUGGAAGGAGAACACUCGCUGUGGUCACCAAGCUUGAUCUAAUGGAUGCAGGCACGGACGCCAUAGACAUCCUGUGCGGGCGAGUCAUACCCGUCAAGCUGGGGAUCAUUGGGGUGGUGAACAGGUCGCAGCAGGACAUCAUCGAUAAGAAGUCUAUUACGGACGCGUUAAAGGACGAGGCUACCUAUCUCCAGAGGAAGUAUCCCACCAUAGCUUCAAGAAACGGCACGCCCUACCUCGCUAAGACACUCAACAGGCUGCUCAUGCAUCAUAUACGGGAUUGUCUACCAGAAUUGAAGGUCCGCGUGAACGUGAUGAUAUCCCAGUUCCAGUCUCUACUGAACUCGUACGGCGAGGACGUGUCUGAUAAGUCUCAGACUCUACUUCAGAUUAUAACCAAGUUCGCGAGCGCCUACUGCUCUACCAUAGAGGGUACGGCCAGGAACAUAGAGACUACGGAACUAUGCGGCGGAGCCAGGAUAUGUUAUAUAUUCCACGAGACAUUCGGACGAACGCUAGACUCUAUACAUCCAUUAGUUGGUCUAAGUCGUAUGGACAUCCUGACGGCCAUCCGUAACGCCACAGGUCCUCGGCCCGCUCUGUUCGUACCCGAGGUGUCGUUCGAGUUGUUGGUUAAGAGACAGAUUAGGAGACUGGAGGAUCCUUCACAGAGAUGUGUGGAACUGGUGCACGAGGAGAUGCAGCGCAUCGUCCAGCACUGCGGUACAGAAGUACAGCAGGAGAUGCAGCGCUUCCCGCGACUACACCAGAGGAUAGUGGACGUGGUCACACAACUACUGAGAACUAGACUACCCGCUACCAACUCUAUGGUUGAGAAUCUGGUGGCCAUAGAGCUAGCGUACAUCAAUACUAAACACCCGGACUUCCACCGCGAGGCGGCGCUAGUGUCGGGCCUUCUAAAGAGUACCGACGGCAUAGUAGAAGAUCACAGCCCCAUGUUCAGACAGAAACCUCGACCCGCCUCUACGGUAGCUACUGUCAUUAAAUUAUUACUACGCCAAAUGGGUGAAAGAGGGUCCGUGUUGGUACUUUUGGCCAAAAUAUUUGAGACGUCCCACAGUGAUAAGCACGUGCCGGCUAUAACAGAUGGUCAGGAUAGAUCUCCUCCACAGAACAACUUUGACUCUGCGCCUCAGGUGAAUGGGAGCCCGGAGAAUAAGGCUCUGACGCCUCAGAAGCCUGUGAACCUGCUGCCGGAAGUACCCAGCCAGACCUCCCGGAAACUGUCGGACCGAGAGCAGCAUGACUGUGAUGUCAUUGGUGGGAGGGAGCAUGUGUACCAAAAGUCUAAUAAGGUAGUCGACGGCAUCUGUAUGAUGCAGUUGAACCAUAUGGGUGACCUCGUGGAGCGCCUGAUCAAGUCGUACUUCUACAUCGUCCGUAAGUCCAUCAAAGACUCGGUGCCCAAGGCCGUGAUGCACUUCCUCGUGAACUACGUGAAAGACAACCUGCAGUCCGAGCUUGUCACUCACCUGUACAAGUCGGACCAGGCUGAGAGUCUGCUCAACGAGUCCGAGCACAUCGCGCAGAGGAGGAGGGAGGCCGCUGACAUGCUCAAGGCGCUCCAGCGAGCCGGUCAGAUCAUCAGCGAGAUCCGCGAGACUCACAUGUGGUGA